GGCUCGGGUGCAAAGUUUGCUCGCCCAGCGCCUGCGGAGGGAGCGGAGGUGGCCGGGCCGGCGGCGGCGGCGGGGAAGCGGCCGCGCUCGUCUUUGGGGCUCCGCCGCGCCCGCGGGCCGCUCGUUGCGCCGAUCGCCGGCCGCUCUCUUCACGCCGGGCCGGGCCGGCGACCGCUGCCCCCGGCGCGAUGUGCGGGGGGAUGGCGGUGAAGGGGCCGGGCGGGCCGCGGUGGUGGCAGAACCGGCGGGCGCGGCUGCUGUGCAUGCUGGCGCUCACCUUCCUCUUCUUCGUGGUGGAGGUGGUGGUGAGCCGGGUCACGUCGUCGCUGGCCAUGCUCUCGGACUCCUUCCACAUGCUCUCCGAUGUCAUGGCCCUGGUCGUGGCGCUGGUGGCCGUGCGCUUCGCACAGCGCACCCGCGCCACCAAGAAGAACACCUUCGGGUGGGUGCGGGCCGAGGUGAUGGGCGCCCUAGUCAACGCCGUCUUCCUCACCGCCCUCUGCUUCACCAUCCUGCUGGAGGCCAUCGAGCGCUUCACGGAGCCCCAUGAGAUCCAGCAGCCGCUGGUGGUCAUCGGCGUGGGAGUGGCGGGACUCAUCAUUAACCUGCUGGGGCUCUGCCUCUUCAACCACCACGGUGUCGGGGGCCACGGCCAUUCCCACGGCCACGGGCACUCGCACAGCGGCAGGCAGCACGCCCGCAGUGGCGCCAAGCCCGAGCAGCCGCCUGGGGACGGGGAGGCUGCGCUGCACCGGGAGGAGACCAGCACCUUGGUGGAGAACUGCAGCAGCUCCAACGGAGUCAGCCAGGAGAAGCUGGGUGAUAUGAAAGACGACAUGACUGACCUACAGGUGAAUGGGAACGCUGGUCAUUAUCCUCUGGAUGUAGAGGAGGUUGAAGAAGACUCUAGUGCACAGCUUAACAUGCGUGGAGUUUUUCUGCAUGUUUUUGGAGAUGCCUUAGGUUCCGUAAUUGUGGUAGUGAAUGCCUUGCUCUUUUACGGGUUGUGGAAUCCAUGCCCCAAAGAUGGGCCCUGCUUUAAUCCAUGUGUCAAUAAUCACUGCAUGGAAAAUUCUACUUUAACACAAACACUUGGCAGAGCAAACGAGUCUGAGCAAGAGAGCAUUACGGUGGCUGGUCCAUGCUGGUUGCUGUAUUUAGAUCCUGUCCUUUGUUUGAUGAUGGUUUGUAUACUUCUUUACACAACUUACCCGUUACUUAGGGAGUCAGCCCUUAUACUUCUGCAGACUGUUCCUAAACAAAUAGAUGUUCAUUCUUUGAACUCAAAAUUACGUACCCUUGAAGGAGUUGAAGCAGUCCAUGAAUUACACAUUUGGCAGCUGGCAGGCAGUAGGAUCAUUGGCACUGCUCACAUAAAGUGCCCUGACCCUUCCACAUACAUGAUGGUGGCAAAGCGCAUAAAGGAGAUCUUUCAUGACGAAGGGAUUCAUGCAACUACCAUUCAGCCUGAGUUUGCCAGCGUUGGCUCUGAAUCAGGGCGAGGGAAAUGUGAGUUCCCUUGCAGGACUCAGUGUGCGUUGAAGCAGUGUUGCGGAACAGGAGAAGAUAGUACUGCAAAGAAGACAGAAAAGUCUUCAUCCCUUAGUAUUUCUUGUUCAGAAGUUGUCAUUGAAUUUCCGAAAACUAGGAGGACUAAGUCGGAGAGCAUCCCUUCAGUUAAGCUAGAGGCAAACAUGGAUCAAAAUGAGCAGUUUGAAUCAUCUUUGUAACUCCCUGAAUGGUGCUACCUAAGUUUUGGUGACUUUGACAACAGCUGUAUUGCAAGAGGAAGAGACAGACUUUUGAGAUGCAAUUUUGCCAAGUAGUGUAAUUGCUGAAGUCCUUGUUCUUGUCAUAUUGCUAAAUCUAGGAUGCUUGUUUUAAAGAAUAUAACAUCACUGUCAUGAUACAAUGUGUUUGUGCUGACUUUGUACUGAGACAGACAGAAAGUGCCCCAAUGCUGUAACAACUUCAGAAAAUCCGUUUCAACAUUUCAGCAGAGACACUUUUUGCUGUGCUUCAAAUGCAAAUAUUUUUUCCAGUGAACAGGUAUUUGAGGGAUAAGCAUGUAGGAACUCAAUUUGUGUUACAGAUUUUUUUGGACCUACUCUUUCCUUUAAUAUUUGAUUUGUAGAUAUUUUAAUAUAUUGUUUAUUUAGAAGCCCUAAGGAAACCAAAGCUCAUAGAACAUUUUUAAAGAUAUAACUGCUUAAAACUGGAAACCACUUUGCAGUUUCACAUACUUUUCUUAAACUUAUAUAAUAAAUGUGAAGGCUUUUCUAAUGAAUUUAUCGUAUAGCAUAUCUUAAAGAGAACAUCAUGUGAUUGUUAGAAACUGUCCCCACUUUUUCUGGUAAGGUAGCAAGGUAAUUAAAAUCAACUGCUUGUGAAAAUAUCAGAUGUGAAAGGUUUUUUUUUUUUCUAUCAGAAUGAAAGUUCAAGCUACUGUAUACUGCUCUGUGAUCAAGACGUGAGACUGACCGAUAAAGUAAUGCAUACUUUCAUGUUUUAUGGAUUUUCUGGUGGUUUUCCUUAUUUCCAAGUUGUGUCUUGUGGUCAUAAAAGUCUUUGAAGUUUAAAGAAUCCUUGACUCACAGUGCUAUAAAUGAAGAGCUGGAACUUCAUUUUUAACUGAUUCUCGGGUAGUAAACUGAAAAAAAAAAAAAAAAAAAGAAUUAGUUAUGUCAAUAAGUGCUCUGUAGGGGAAAGUCUGCCGGACACUGACAGUAUAAUUCAUGCUUUUAAGCAUCGACAGUAGCCUCUGUAACAAGUAAUUCAGUGGUGCAUUUUGCUUGUAGUUGAGUGUGUCUGUAAGCACUUGCAGUGACUGCAGUCCUGGUCCCCACCGUGUCCUCUGGAGCCUUCUGCUGACUUCUGAAGAAGUGGGGCAGGGAGUAGGAUUUCAUUCACUGUAUUUCACACUUUGAGAUGUUUAUGUAUCACAUAAUUUCACUUAGUAAGUAUCCAAAUCUAUGGUUUAAAAUGUUAACUGAGUUAAUUGACAACUGGCUCUAAAGAAGCUGUUACAGUAUGCUGCCAAUUUACACCUUAACAAAGGAGAAACUGGUCUAUGAACUCUGUGAAUUUGGCAGAGACUAGAUGAGAUUUGGAGAUAAAACAUGCAAGAAAUCUAAUCUAAAACCCUGACCCAUUUGAUCUGCCCUCAAGUUCUGUAUAGGCAAUAACAUCUUGUGAUUUAAUUGACUGCUCCUAUGCUCACAACUGGAAAACAACUCUGAUCUUCUGUUGUUUGCUCUGUGACUCUGGACACGAUAAACACUCUGCCUCAGUUUCCCUGUCUUAAAAUGGGGAUAAUACCUACCUCACAGGGGUGUUGUGAGGCUUAACUUUUGUGUGAAGAGCUCUGAGAUCUGUUACUGGAAAGCACUGGGAGGAGUGUAAGAUACGAAAUUACAUGGUAUUUACUUCUACAAAUGUGUUGCAAUACCUAGGCACAACAGAGGGAACUGAGGAUAGUUUUGGCCUUAUGAAAUUCUUUGAUGCUGUGGUUUUCAGGUUUUUAACAGUAUUUAAAUGUAGAUUUUUUUUUUAAAAGAAUGUUUUGUUAGUGAAGGGAAUGUAGCUUUGCCUCCGGAUACAGAACACCUCGCUAGUUGGCAUUUCUAAUAUGUGUCUCGUAUGAUAAUUGCUCCUAAGUAGUUCAAAGUAGUCUGCUGCUUGUUGGACCUGGACUGGCCCAGGUCGUGUCAGUGGUCUUGCCCAACUUCUCAGCAGAGCACUGCAGUCAACUCUCGAUUGUCCAUGGGUGGGUUACCAGUGUUGUACAUUAACUGUGCAGUCCACAGGGCCAGCCUAGCUCUGUAUUGCAUGCCAGUGCCUUGGCCAAAUGCUGUGUGCCAAAGCAUUGGAAAAGUAGAGGAGCUCAGCCCCGUUUCAUGUGAGCCCCCUCUCACGGGGUUCGUUAGCUUGGGUGCAGCACCACACAGUUAUUUUGUCUCUUGGCUGCUCAGAUGCAUCCACAGGAAGCUGCGAUGUGUGGAUGGGUCUGUUCAGCAUCACUUGCCUGUUUCUGUGUUUAUGCUUGUUGUAUAGUCUCAUAAACUAACUUAAAUAUGUUAAUAUAGUAUUUAUGUAUGUUUUUGUUUUGUCUGAAUUAUCUUAACUCUUUCUUCUGUUACCUGUAUAUGAUCUAGAGUUGACUGUUAAAUGAGAUCUUGUAUGAGACUACAUUUGCAGAAUAUGCUGUCACUGCUAGUAUACUACAAAGUAUUAACCAAGUAAAUUUUGGAAUGAACAAAGUACUUUUUUUUUUUUUUUUUGGAAAUAUGUAUCCUUGCUUUUAAUGGUAAACUUUCAGUACUUAUUUUGCUCACUAGUUUAAAAUUGGUCUCAGUCAUAAGGCUGAAUUAUUGAGGUCCUGCUGUAUAUCACUAAUGUGCCAUAGAAUUACUGCUCUUUAGUUUAUUUAAAAAAAACAAACCCAAGACAAACUGUAGUAGCACUGAGAAGCCUGACUGACUUCUCUCCUGUUGCUCUUAUAAGAAGAGAGCAACUAGUAAGUCUUGACAGUUGCCACCAUUGGUUAACAGUCUCAGUAAGUGCAUCUGAGUAGGUGGAGUUGCAGUCACUAAUUCCAUUGUAAUUAUUUAAUCUUUUUUUUGUGUGCCAGAAGUCAUAUUUUUCUAUUUCUGUGUCCAUUGCAGGCAAUGGCUAGCUUAAAAGACAAAAAUCUCUCCCCCACAUUAUUUUUAUUAUCAGGACAGGAUGCAGAUGUGACGAUGAUGAUGAUGAGGGCUGGAGGGGGAGUUGCGUGGCCUCUCUGUCAUGUGCCAUGUUGCAUGUGCAGCACCAGCUGGUGUUAACAGGGCCCUUCAGUCUCUUUCGCCCUGAAUGGUAAACUCUCUGGAAACAUAUAGUCAGGUCAAGGUGGUGGCUGUACAGCAGCAGGAACACAAUUUCUCUGUGUGUGCUGGCUGUAUGAGACCUGACUGUAGCCUGCUCAUGAUAUAGCUUGAUGUUUUUUAUGUGGUGACACAGACUUGGUUUGUUCUGAAGAUCACAGUUUCAGAAUACUGGGAGCAUUCAAAAACACUGCACAGUCUAUUUUUUUUGUUUUUCCACAAAGCAUGAAACUAGUGAAUCUCAUGUAAGUGAACACUGCAAUGGUGGGGAGCUAAUUGUAUUGUGUAUCACAUUCCUGAAUUUUUAAAAUAAAAAAAUAUGGAACACUGA